UCUAUCUUUAUCUGAGAGUGCUCAACUUCACACGUGAAGGCAAGUUGAAUGUUGAAUCGUGUGAUCUGUUUUCGAAAGACGGAUUUUUGAUUUGACAUUUGUAAAGGUGUACGCUCUCUAUUUACAAAUAAUUAUUAUUCAUUCUCCGAUUGUAUUUACACCGAACAUCUUUUUGCAACGUUUGGUAUAUAUAUCAAACUUAAAAUGGCAAGCGGCUUAAUAAACAGGUUAUGUUCGGUUUUUCAAAGAUUUGAGCAGACAAUUUUUCAAACAAUUUUUGGUCGCGGCUUUCCUCCAGGAUUAUGUGCAAUUGAUUGCGGCAGUUUCUCGAAUGAAUCAAAACUAUCUAAUCAUUUUGGUAAUCGAUCUCUAGAAGAAAUUCUCAAGAAUGGAAUUCUUUGGGCUGUUCCAAAAAAGCGACGUACUAAAGAAAAGAGAUUAAGCAGAAGAUUUGGAGUUGAAAAAUACUUCUGGAAGCCACCUGUUCCAAAAACUGAUCUAUUAAUAUGUGUAAAUUGUGGUCACAAUUAUGAAGCUGGCCGUUUGUGUGGACACUGUUAUGAAAAGGUGAAGCUUGAAACCAAGGAAAUACAGAAAGCCAUACAAAAAGAAUUGAGUCUACAGCCAGUAGAAAAAAAUGUAAUUGUAUUAUAUGAUGGAGAAAAGGAUGAUAAAACAUAUCAAUUCUGGAAGAACCAAAGAGUAAUAGAAAUGCCGAAAAAAAGACCUUCAUGGUUUCAUCGAAACUUACUUGAGCCUACGACACAAAAGCCAUCGAAUAAAAAAGAUGUUAAACCUACACAUCUUGCAUAAGGUUCUGCAGGGUCCUUUUUAAUCUAGUUUGCUGCCCCAGUAAGGCAUCUUUAGUUUGGGACAACCGAAUUUCAACCUGUUUCAAUUGUUCCAAUGAAUCUGUAUCAGAAUCUUCUGGAUACGUAAAACCGAUUUUUUGUAAAUUUAAUUCUGAGUUAUUUUGUAACUCCACCAUCUGUACAAAAU